CAGCUGGCUGUCAGUGUCAUUACUGUCAUAUGUGAAAACAAGAAAAAUGGCGGCGCAGGUUCCUCUGGGUAUCAAAACCCAUGUUCAAAAGAUUUGCUCUGUUUACAAGCAAACCUUACGCAACUUGGAGGCAUUCUAUGACAGGCGUAAUGUCUACCGCUACCAUGCUGUGCAAAUGCGUGUGCGUUUCGAUGAGAUUGUGAAUGAGAAGGAUUUCCGCAAGUCCCAGGAAAUGCUGAAGCAAGCACAAGAGGAACUGUUCCUUACGCAGCAUCCUAUCCCUAAGAAGUUCCCCCUCAGUCCUGGCGGUGUCGCAUACGAGCGUAUCGUGAACCCUCCAGAUUGGGUCCUGGACUACUGGCAUCCUCUCGAAAAAGCCCAGUAUCCGGAAUACUUCAAGAAACGUGAACAGAGGAAGAAGGAGUUUAUAGCCAUGUGGGAGAAGGAAUAUGGCAAAUAUGACCCUAAGAGCGAACACCAUUAAACAUUGUAUAGUAGUUUAUGAUAGUAAAUUAAUUGUUAGUGUA